AUGGACUUCCUUGAGGUCAGCAUUGGUUUGCACUGGGCAUGUCUUUUUAUUCUCAUUGUUUUUAGGACAUUCAACCUGGACACAUUUUUUGGACUUUUUGAUCUUCCACUUCUAUUGCUUGAAGUAGCAGGUAUUGGAUAUUAUAUUCCAUUCAUUGCCAUAUCCAUGCCGUCAUUGCCAAUUAUGCCAGAUGCAGCUUUCAAUUUGAGGCAUCAACCACCCACCAUAAAUUGUGUAGCUGUUUACAUUGCUCUUGCAAUCUUUCUCUUCCUUGAAGCACUUCUUCAGAUGGGAUCUUUGAUCCUUUAUUGCUCUCAACACCAUGUUUUAUUGCAUCACAGAGCUCUCACUGCAGAAUAG